AUCAGCUGACUUCAUCCUCAGGCUGGUAAAGAGUAAUGAAAUGGUUUCAGAGAACGACUUGCAGAAAAGACUCACAGAACACACAAAAUUUGGAUGUCCCCAGAACGAAAUCAUUUUAACUCCAUGCAUUUAGCCCUCUGCACCUACGUCAGAUAGUCCUUCUGGAUGGAUGCAGUCAACUUUGCUUUGGCUGUUGACUGGGUGACAUCUGAUGGACAACGUGUCUGUGCUACAACUGGUCUUCCUCUGCAGAUGCUCACUUAAUGAAGAACAAAUCACUCAACAGAGGCCAAAAUGACCUCAUCCCCUCUCGGAGCCAGCGAUGCGAUCCUGCUUCAGAGCGCAGCCCCCGCAGUCACAGGUAGCAAACCAAAGAUGUCUACAACAAGGAAAAUUCUACUCAUACUCGGAUUUCUCUCCACAUUGGCUGCAAUUGCUUUAAUUGCUGUAGCAGUGACCCAAAACCAGCCACUUCCGAAGAACGUCAAGUACGGGAUUGUGCUAGAUGCGGGGUCGUCCCACACAAACCUGUAUGUGUAUGAGUGGCCAGCAGAGAAGGAGAAUGACACUGGAGUGGUGCAGCAGGUGGAGGUGUGUAAAGUUGAAGGCCCAGGGAUCUCAGGUUAUUCCCAGGCUACUGAGAAGGCAGGUCCCUCUCUGGUGCAGUGCCUCCGACAAGCAGAAGAGGUGAUUCCCUCAAAGCAGCAUCGAGAGACACCUGUCUACCUCGGAGCAACUGCUGGCAUGCGGCUCCUCAGGUUGGAAAAUAAAGAUGCAGCUGACAAAGUCUUGUCCUCAGUCGAGAAGACACUACGCUCAGCUCCCUUCAAUUUCCAGGGCGCCAGAAUCAUCAGUGGUCAGGAAGAAGGAGCCUAUGGAUGGAUCACCAUUAACUACUUGCUUGGUAAUUUCAAGCAGUCUGGCUGGAAAAAAUUUCUACAUUCCCUGAAAUCCAUAAGUGAGACAUCAGGAGCAUUAGACCUUGGAGGAGCCUCAACACAGAUUACCUUUGUACCAGCUGAAAUCUCUUCUGAGUCCCCACAGAAUUUGCUGUAUUUCCGCCUCUAUGGCAAGGACUACCAAGUGUACACACACAGCUUCCUUUGCUAUGGAAAGGACCAGGCUCUGCAACAGAAACUGGCCAGGGACCUACAGAGCACAGAGAACGGCAGCCUCUUUGAUCCAUGCUUUCACCAAGGAUAUCAGAGAACUAUAAGUAUCAAUAAUUUCUUCAAAAACCCUUGUACGUCAGUCGAGAAAAAACAAUUCCCUUUCAGCCAGCUGCAUAUUGAAGGAGAGGGGAAUUAUGAAAAAUGCCGAAGAAAUAUCCAGAAUCUCUUUAACAAAACCAACUGUCCUUACUCCAGCUGCUCCUUCAAUGGGAUAUAUCUACCUCCAUUACAGGGGGACUUUGGGGCCUUUUCUGCUUUCUACUUUGUGAUGAACUUUUUGAACCUGACAAAUGAUGUCCCCUUCACCCUGGACGAAGUGACCAGUGCUAUUGAGAAACUCUGUGCCCGGCCUUGGCAUGAGGUGAAGCUACAGUAUCAUCAAAUAAAAGAAAAGUACCUGAGCGAAUACUGCUUCUCCGGAGCCUACAUCCUCUCUCUACUGGAAAAUGGCUAUGGAUUCACUACAGAGAACUGGCAAAGGAUCCACUUCCUUGGAAAGAUUGGCAGCAGCGAUGCAGGCUGGACACUGGGCUACAUGCUGAACCUGACCAACAUGAUCCCUGCGGAGGAGCCUCCUGCACCUCCUCUUUCCUACAGCAGCUAUGUGGGGCUGAUGGUUCUGUGCUCCCUUGUGCUGGUAUCAGUGAUCCUGCUUGCUUUGCUUCUCUUCCACAAGCCCAAGUGCCUGCAGAAAGGGAUCGUCUAGGAAGACUAUGGAGGGAGAGGCGCCCCAGCUGCUCAGGGCUAGGAGCCCACUGAAGACCAGGCUGUAGUGCAGAGUCCCUCUCUCUGAAGCUACUGACUGUGUACAACAAGGGCAUUUGUCUCUUUUAAGUUUCACUUGCACUGACAGAUGUUGGGACAUCAGGCUCGCCACCUCUAUACCACGGACAGACAAGCGAGUGUUCUCUUCUUGAAUGGGUCGUAUUUUCAUUCACUGAAACUCUGCUGCUUGUUUUUUUUAUUGCCUUGUGCAUAGCGUUAUAAAGAGAAAAGCAGCACCAAUCUUUGGGAGCCAGUGCUCCUGCAAGAGUAAUCUCAGGGUCCCACAUGCCACUGAGCUCUUGGGAGUGAUCACACUGGGUGAUCCAGCUCUUCCUCUGCUGAAGCUGUUCCCAAGAGCCAUUCCAGCAGGGAAACUGCACCAGCACACCUCUGCUUGCCAGGCGUGGUCACUUGUAGCCAGCUAGCCCUCAAAGGCUGGUCAUGCUCCCAAAUGUCACUCUAGGACAAGAAGGGAUGGGAAUGAAGAAACUGAGCAUGCUGGUGGUUAUCAGUCCUUAGCUGGGCUCUGGCAGCAGUCUGCUCCUUUCACAGGUGGCAAGAAGCCUCUUUCCCCACGUCUUCCUGAUGUUUUUGCUGGACCAAAGCUGGCUCACUCUUACACUGAGCCAUUCCCAUGUCCCUAGGUUGACUGUGCAUCAAGACAUGAGUUCCCAGCCAGACAUUGCUGAUUAUUAUAGGAAACGCCAUCAUCCUAGCCAAGGAUUCUUGACAAGUAGUGAGCACAUAUAUCUACAGGAACUCUGAUCUGAUCAGCGUGCCUCCAAGUAUACAUCCAUUAAAACAAUCCACUGUCACUGUGCUGAUCAUACAGCAGUCUCUGAUCUAGGGAAAAUGUUUUUUGGGCCAUUUCCCUUUAUAAAAAGACAGCUGGUAAGAGCCAGCAUGAGGGCACACACAGCCUCUCUUUCCAUCAGCGAAAGCAUGGAAAAUUUGCCUUUCCCUCGUGGCUUAGGCUACUCCCCAAACAGUAACACCUAGGUGCUGUAAGUGCACUUACCACAGCCCAUCUUCUAGCGCACAACUAGAUGGUGCCACUGAUCAGGUUUAUGAAUCACUUUCUUCUGUUACCUAUUCCGUAGUCCAAAACAGAGAGGUAAGUCAGCAAUCAAUUUUUAUGGCAAUUGGAAACCACUGAUACCUAUUUGCUUGGGAGGUAAUCUAAGAAAUCUCUUCUCCUAAUGAAACACGUGUGCUGGAGGCCAAAAGAAAGCAGAUACUGUGGAGAGAAAGGCAUGGCAUGGUCAUCUUCACCUGUUUCCCUGAGCAAAGUUGCAGGAAAAGCAGGAGAUGCAACAGGGAUGAAGCUUUCUCCCUUGGGCAAACACAGAUGCAGAGCUCAGGGCUUUUGUGCUUUCCCAGCUUGUUCUUCCACAUAGUACAGGCUGAAAAAUGUCCUCUACUUGUUUGUAGUUCAUGCCUGGAGUAGGAGCCAUGACAUACUGAAGGUAAAGGGGAAAAUAUACCCUCUCCUAUGGUAAGAUGUUAGGGCAUUUUUUCCAAAAAUGUCUUUUGCUCUGAAUUAGCUGGCCUUAGCUUCUGAUGGACCUUGAUCCACCAGUUCCAAAACGACUAACUCUUUGCUAUCAAAAUCCCUUCUAUUCUUGUUGGUGCUUGGAAGUCAGCAUUGUAUCAUAUUAAAUAUUGACCUUCAUUCUGUAAAGUGCUUUGUCUUGACUCACGUGUAGCUCUUGAGUCAACUUCCAUGCAAUUUUGUACAUCUGAAGUUUGGAUGCCAAAGGUUUCAGCAGCAAGUGGUAGUAGAUGCCCUAACACUGUACAUAAAAGUAAUAGCCCUUGUUCUCUUGAUCUGUACUCUUUUUCCUAUUCAUAUAUCUCAGGGUCAGAUCUGUUCACUCAAGGUUUCAUAAGGAGCUGUUUUGUUCAGUUUAGCUCUUGCAAGUUGGCCUUAUUUUCCUACCAUGGCAAUCCAGAAUGGCUGCUGUCUCGUGGUGUGCAUCAGUCUUUUGUCAUGAGAUGUUUUGCCUUCUGCCUGGCUCUGCUGAAACACAUACUGUUCUAAGAACAUUUCUCUAAGUGACCAAGGUCAACCCACAAAUGACAUUUCCCCACACUGUUUGUUCUUUUUCCAGUUUGUUUGAUCUGCAAACACAGAGAUGUGGGAAUUCAUAUAGAUGUGGAGCCUUCUUUCUGUCAUUUUCUCCAAGGACAUGUAUAUAGGAUGAGAUUUAACAAUAAUCUUUGGUCAGGGUAGGAAGGUAGAAGAGCUCAUCAUGGAGCAGGCAGCUGCCAGUGCUGCUUAGCUUUGUCUGGCAGAUCUAUCAGGAAGUUUCUGAAACAGAUGCAGAAAAUCCACGUGGAAACUGGCAUGGAGAGAGCCUGUGCCAGUCUGCUGUUCUGGUCCCUGCUAAGGGUUUAUGCCAGAGGAAAGGAGCUGAAGUACAGAACCUGUGAGAAAAGCUUCAGCAGUGCUUUGUAUCUUUACUUGCAGGUACCACAGUAUUACCAUUGUAAGCCUUUGCUUCUGGAGUUAGCUGAUUGCCUGGUAUCAUGGCUUUCUCCUUCUGUUCUGUUCACAAAGCAGCGACAAAUCAAAAGGUAAAAGGCCCCAAAGGAGAUAAAUGCAAUAUAUUAAUAAUGUUAUUUUUAAAAGUUAAUGACUUCUGGAACACAUUUAUGAGACAAUCCUCAGAACUAGUAUUUCUAAGGGGAUACCAGCUGUGCCAUUUAAACCACCAAGCAAGCUGAGGCUCCAGGAAUAGGUUGGCCAAGAGCAUCCUACUGUGGCGAGACCCGUAUCACUCACUGGCUGUGCUUGAGCCUUCCCAGCAAAAGGUAUGGUUCUUCUCAACAACCUCCUCUGCCAUUGCAGGGUUCUGUCUGUGGAAGCUGCCCAAAACCCUGGGUCAGUUAUGAGAUUUAAUGAAUGUUAAUUUCCUUGCUUCUGUGCUGUGUCUGACCCAGCAGUGUAUGGCUCAAGCGUAUGUUCCAGAGUCACUCAAGGACUUCACCCACCAUGAAUACUAUGAAAGGUAGUGGGGGGAAUUUCCAAAUAUGUCCGGUGUUAGUAAUGUCAUAUCAUUUCUUUUGUUAAUACAGUUGAUCUGCCUCUCUGAUAAAUAUCUGUGCCUUAUUUCUGAUUUGCUAGAGUCUGGCUUUAAUUUCCAGCUCCUAGCUCCUGUUCAGUUUUGCUCUUCUGGGUUAAAACAUAUUUUAACACCACAUGUUCUUGUCUUGAAUAUAUUUAUAUGCUAUUCAGCUCCACUGGGCUGUCCAGACCCCUGGUCUCUCCUGUCCCUGUGUUUUAUCACCAGGAGCCGUGAGAGGUGCGGCAGGGUGAGUGGCAUGGCACAGGGGUUGAGCAUGGCACUAGGAUGUUGAGCAGUACUGUUUGGGAAGGUUCCUUGCAGAUGACUUGCUCAUUUGGCUGAGCACAGGAGCAGUCUGACUCCUCUGGGACUGAUGACUUCCACAUCCACAAGCUCUCUCCCAUUCACCUCAGGGUUGGGUCAGAGGCAAAACUGUCAGUGACAUUCUAGGGGAGAGAAGAGAAAGCUGUUGUGUGGAUGCAGCUUUCCCACCCCUCUUGCAGAGAGCAGCCCACUCCGCAGCAGACCUUAAGAAGUACCCUUCAUUCCUCACCCAGUACAGCCAGCCCUCCCCUCUGCAUGGGCUGAGAACAGCAGUUCUGUGCCCUGCCACUCGGCUGUGAAAUUCAUGUGGCUUCACCCUGGUGAAAUGGGUCUCAGUUUAUUCUGAUACACGCACCGAUCUCUGUAUCCUUAUCACAAUAAAGACUUCUUAACCCA